CAUUGACCAACUCAAGAUCUCCAUCUCCGUCAUCUACAUCCUCCAAAAUGUUCCGCACAGUUCUCCUCAAAUCGGCACGCAGUGCUGCCAGCCAAGCUGUCCGUAGAGCCGGCCCAAUUACCCGUCCUGCGUCGGCUAUCCCAACUUUCCAGUACGCCCCGUCGGUAUUCAACGCCGCGAGAUGCUACUCCGCUGCCGCCGGGCUUGCCAAGCCAGAGGUUGAGGGAAGAAUCGUUGAUCUGUUAAAGAACUUCGACAAAGUCACCGACCCUUCUAAGCUCACCGCUACCUCCCACUUCAACAACGAUCUUGGUUUGGACAGCUUGGACACGGUUGAGGUUGUGAUGGCAAUUGAGGAGGAGUUCAGCAUCGAGAUCCCAGACAAGGACGCGGACGCCAUCCACAGCGUGGACAAGGCCGUUGAGUACAUCCUUGCGCAGCCAGAUGCUCACUGAUCGUUGAACCAUACUGGUGGAGGAUAAUGUUGGGAAACGGGGAGGGGUGUCCGAUGCGCCUCCGGGCGCGUCGCUGUAUAUUUUUGACAUGCCCAUAAUAGCAUGUUGAAUGAUACUUUGUAAAACUGUUCUUUAGACGAAAUCCUGCUCAAACUGCUA